AUGGCUGUGGAGGAUGCCUUCAACACAACAUGGCUGUGGAGGAUGCCUUCAACACAACAUGGCUGUGGAGGAUGCCUUCAACACAACAUGGCUGUGGAGGAUGCCUUCAACACAACAUGGCUGUGGAGGACGCCUUCAACACAACAUGGCUGUGGAGGACGCCUUCAACACAACAUGGCUGUGGAGGACGCCUUCAACACAACAUGGCUGUGGAAGACGCCUUCAACACAACAUGGCUGUGGAAGACGCCUUCAACACAACAUGGCUGUGGAAGACGACUUCAACACAACAUGGCUGUGGAAGACGCCUUCAACACAACAUGACUGUGGAAGACGCCUUCAACACAACAUGGCUGUGGAGGACUCCUUCAACACAACAUGGCUGUGGAGGAUGCCUUCAACUAACAUGGCUGUGGUGGAUGCCUUCAACACAACAUGGCUGUGGAGGAUGCCUUCAACACAACAUGGCUGUGGAGGAUGCCUUCAACACAACAUGGCUGUGGAGGACACCUUCAACACAACAUGGCUGUAG